AUGGGCGAUGGCAAAAAUUUGGCAAAAUUGGAAUUCGCUGCCUUAAACAUUUCUGGGGACAACUACCUAUCAUGGGUCCUGGAUGCCAAGAUCUAUCUGCGUGCUAAUGGCUUUGGAAAAACAAUUGAAGAUGGAAGUGAUGCAUCACCUGAGGAAAAUGCGAAGACCAUGAUUUUCCUUCGUCGCCACAUUCAUGAAGAGCUGAAAAGCGAAUAUGUGGUGGUUGAUGAACCGUUGGUUCUGUGGAAAGCUUUAUGUGAGAGAUACAAUCAUCAGAAGACGGUGACUCUCCCAAGAGCCAGAUAUGAAUGGACACACUUGAGAUGUCAAGAUUUCAAGACAGUAUCUGAAUACAACUCAGAUAUGCACAAGAUCACCUCCCUUAUGAAAUUAUGUGUUGAGAAUAUCUCUGAGGAAGAUAUGCUCGAAAAAACUGAGUACAUUUCAUGCCUCAAAUGUGCUUCUGCAGCAGCAAUAUAG